AUGCUUUCUCUAAAUGCGGCCUUGAUCACAAUCAAUUGCAUCCUCCUCCUCUCCCUCUAUAAUAUAGCAGCGCAUAUAGCAGCGCCUACGGCUACACCUGCAGCUAAGAAGCGCGGCCGGCCGCCUGGUGCAAAGGAUAAGGUACCACGGAAAAAGGCACUUCAGAAGAAAGAUAGUGCUCAGCCUACGCCUCAGCCUCAGCCUAUGCCUCAGCCUCAGCCUCAGCCUCAUCCUCAAGCACAGAGGCUUAGCCGAGAGGAGCUUCUACGUCAGCUUGCAGCGUAUGAUGAGGAAAUCGAGGGGUAUAUUGAUCAGGGUGAAGAGUAG